AAUAAACAGCUCUCGGUACACUCCAGAAUGCACGGAUCAAAACAAGGAGGCGAAGGGAGCUGGCUGGCUGGCUCUGCUUCUGAACGGGCUGGAUAUUAAUGGGGCAAAGGCUUUCGGGGUUAAAAUAUGGUCUGGUAGCCGGUUUCCUUUCCAUAGGAAUGGUCCAUUUGUGUGUUCGAUCGAAGCUUUGCUUGCACAAACAAAUCUGAGAGUUGCUGCUCUGAGGACCCUCCAAGAAGCAGGAGAGACGACCUUGGGGCAUGAGGACAGCCGAGUGUUGGGGAGCAAACAGCGGUGCGCACCUCCUCGCACUCAGAACCCACGGGAUAAGGGAACCGCCCACGUUUUGUUCGGGAGCAACCUCAGAAUAAAUAAAAGAGCGCCAGUCGGCCGUGGAAGAGAAAUGACUGGUAAGAAAAAUAUAUUUCUCUCUCGCUCUCUCCAUUAAAUGAUAAUGUUCUCAAAAGGGAGGUUCAGUUCCUCCACUCUUGGCUGCUAUGUGCAGAAACGUGAUAUCCCCCACUCACUUUCUAGAUCCAGUAUGAUGCCCUGGGAUAUCACAAGGUCACAUGCGAGGCAUGGGGCGGGGCCAAAGGCAGAAGUGGGUGGAGCAAUGAAUGUAAAUUUUGCCCAUGUACAAUUUUGAGGUCUUAGAUAUAUGGUAAUGUUCAUAAGUGUACCCACCAAGCAUGUACAUAGAUCAGCACAGGACGACCGACCUGAAACCAUUUUGAUUCCCAAACUGACCAAAUGUUUUCCCUGCAAGGGGGGGGGGGUCAGGGAGCCUUCCCAUUGUCUCAGGAAUUGAGUAAUCAGCAUUUUAAUGAGGGACAGGCUAUCAGGAAAGACAAUCAGAUAACCUGGCAGACAGGAAAAACAACAUUCAAAUUUCUGUUUUAGACCGCCUUUUCGGUGAUGUAGGUAUGAUGUAUCUGGGGGGAGGGUCUUAGGUUACACCCCUUCUGUGAUGUAUGUAUGAUGUUUCAAAAUGACGUCACGCGCGGAAGCGGCGAAUCGCGACCUACGCACGCGCAGACGCGGGGUGCUUUCGCUUCAGGAUGCGAACGGGGCUCCGGAAUGGAUCCCAUUUGCAUCCAGCGGUACCACUGUAAUUUGCUCUUAAACUGUAACAUGCUGUAAAUUUUAUAUCUAUAUUCCACAAUCAUUCCCAUGUCUAUAUUAUGGCCAAAUAUGUAUUGCCAAGAUUGAGAGCAUCUUAACGGAUUACUUGUCCUUCUUCCUGAGAGGCACCAGAGUCGAGGCCGAGGCAGCAAGGAAAUGGAUGGUGCUGAGCGAGGAGGAGGAUGCUGAGGAGGGGACCCUGACUGGGGAGCACAGCCACAAAUUUAUCCCCGAGAAUCACCUGAUCCCGACUGCUGUGCAACCGAGCUGGAAGGAGCUGCACCGGGCGGCCCGGAAUGGGGACACGCACCUGCUCAAGCAGCUGUUGAAGCAAGGGGCGGACACAGAGAGCAGGUGAGGUGAGAGGGGAGGGCCCUCUGCUGCCCCUUCUGGUGUCCUGGAGGAAGUGCAUGCACUGGGCCUGCGGUAGCGCUACCUAUGAGUCAGCAACGCUAUUAUUAUUAUUUUUUAAAAUAAUAUUUAUUAAAGUUUCAAAGGGAAAAAAAAUCACAUUAGUAAAAAAAAAAUUAACAAUGAAAAGGAAAAAUACAAAAUAGAAAAAAAAGAAAAAACAGUUAAAAACAAUUCCAUCUUUUCCUCACUUCUUUUACGUUUACUUGUUUCCCGGACCUCCUCAUACCUCCCUCUUUUGUAUUCCAAUUAAAUUUGUUAAUCCAACAAUUCCUUUCCCUCCUUUUUAAUCCUAAUCUUUAAUCUUGAUAUAUUAUAACUUUAAAUUUUUACAUAUUAAAAACCAAUUUUUCCAUAUUCUUUUGUACCUGUACAGCUAGAAACCACUUAACUUCAAUCCAACAUCAUUCUAACAUUCAUUAAUUUUGCAAUAUUUCUGUAAAUAGUCUUUAAAUUUUUUCCACUCUUCUUCCACCAACUCUUCUCCCUGGUCACGGAUUCUGCCAGUCAUUUCCGCCAAUUCCAUAUAGUCCAUCAUUUUCAUCUGCCAUUCCUCCAGUGUGGGUAGAUCUUGUGUCUUCCAAUGCUUUGCAAUGAGUAUUCUUGCUGCUGUUGUAGCGUACAUAAAGAAAGUUCUGUCCUUUUUUAACACCGAUUGGCCGACUAUGCCCAGGAGAAAGGCCUCUGGUUUCUUCGAGUCAGCAACGCUAUUAGUUAAGAACAGGAAGGUCCAACUUCCAUACCCUCUGACAUUUCUCUGAUGAAAAUAGGGACGUCCUAUAGUAUUAUAUCUAUAUAUCUAUAUCCGUAUCUAUAUCUAUAUUAUUUAUAUUUAUAGUCCGUGCUUUUUUCUAAAAAAUGUUUAGGGGUACUCUCAUUUUGACUCAAGAAAAUCACCACUUUAUAGUUCAAAUCGGGGAAAAUAAAUACAGUAAAUGGACAAAAGUACAAAGAAUCAGAAAAAUUUUAGGGGUAUGUGUACCCCUGCGUCCCCUCCAGAAAAAAGCACUGAAUAUUUAUAUUUAUAUUUAUAUCCCGCUCAUCUGACUGGGUUUUCCCAGCCACUGUUGGCGGCUUCCAACAUAUAUAAAAAUGUAAUCAAGCAUGAAGCAUUUAAAAACAUUUAAAAACUUCCCUUGGCUUGGGGGGUCGCAUAACCCCAUACCCUCCAACAUCUCUCCAAUGAAAAUAGGGACUUCCAAAGGGAAAAAAUGAGACAUUCCAGGAUCAAAUCAGAAACCAGGACAACUGGCUGUAAAUCCAGGAAAAUGGGGACACUUGGAGGGUCUGAACUUCUCAUACCAAGGGGGCCGCAACAGUAAUUCGACACGAAACCUGCAGGCUGCACGCUGCAUUUUUGCACGGGUGGGAGAGAGCGGGACCCUAAUUCGCCACCGCCCCCCAAAAAACCCCUUCGUGCAGCCUUCCCAAAAUUGGCUAAGUGAGGAACUGGCUUUGGGAAGGAGGAUGAGGCUCUGGUAGGGUCCCAGAGCCCUCCUACCUCCUUCCCAAAGCUGGGAAAGCACUAACCAGGCUUUGGGAAGGAGGCAGGAGAACUGAAGGACUCUGUCAGAUCCCUUAGGCCUCCUUUCCAAAGCCCAGUGCCUCACUUACCCGACUUUGAGAAGGCAGUGCAAGGGCUGCAGGGGGAGCGUCAAAUGAUUGACACCAGGCAGGCCCCCUCACCUGCUUAAAAACAACUUAGCUUAGGGAAACCUAUCCACACAGAAUGUGGAUGAGUGUUUUAACCUGCUUUUAAAGCUUAACGUUAGUGUCAAUUAAUUUUUGAAUGUUCUAAAUACAGUCAAACCUCGGUUCCUGAACGCUUCCGUUAUCGUACGUUUCAGCUCCUGAACGCCCCAAACCAAGAAGUACGUAUUCCCAUUUUUGAAUGUUUUUUUGGAAGCCAAACAUUCGACGCGGCUUCCGCUUGAGUGCAAGAAGCUCUUGCAGCCAAUCGGAAGCCCGCGCCUCGGUUGUCAAACAUUUCAGAAGCCAAAUGGGCUUCCAGAAAGGAUUAUGUUCGACAACUGAAGUUUGACUAUAGUUGUUUUCAAUAGUUUGUUUCAUUCUCCUUGCAAACUGCGUUGAGGUUGCUGUUCCCUUCCGUUUCACAACCAAGCAGUAUAUAAAUCUUACAAAACAAAUAAGUAACGGGAAACCACCCUUUCAGAGAUGAGAAUGGCUGGACGCCUUUACACGCCGCCUCCUUGAACGGUAGUGCUGCUAUGGUGAAGUUUCUCAUCCAGCGUGGAGCAUUGGCCAAUGCCAGCGACACUUCCGGCUACAGGCCUCUCCACUGCGCCGCUUGGAGUGGCCACAGCCAAGUGGCGGAGCUCCUCCUGCGCCGGGGUGCAGCGGCGGAGGCGCCGACCAAAGGAGGCCUCACCCCGCUCCAUUUCGCCGCUGCCAACGGGCACACCCUGGUGGUGCAGCUCCUCUUGCGGCACGGAACGGACCUGACCAGCCUCGACUGUCGCCAGUGGUCGGCCCUGCAUUGGGCGACGGCCAACAACCGGUUGCAUAUUGUGGACCUGCUGAUAUCGCAGGGCGUCAGCCCGGAUUUAGGAAACGGAGGGAGUGUCACACCACUGCACGUAGCAGCCGAGAGCAGAAGAACGGAAGCUCUGAAGUUCUUGCUUGCCAAAGGCGCCAGCGUGAAUGCUCAGGACAGCCUAGGGAGAACGCCGCUCUCCAUUGCUACUAACAACGGCCAUCAUGAGGUUAGAUUAUUUGUUUGUUUGUUGUCUUUAUACAGCCACGGGUGGGAGCCUCUGGUGUUCUCCAGAUGUUAGCCAAUGAGUUCUUAUUGCUUUUCAAAGAUUUUAGCAAAUUAAUCCAAAUUUAAUACAAAUUUUAAGUUGACUUGCUAUGCUGCUUCCAUGAUGUUUCUCUUUCCUCCCUUCCUGCUGAAUGUUACGUACUUCUCCUAAUUCCAUUUCAAUACUUAAAAUAUUUUAACAUUUUAUCAUUCAUUUCCCCCCUUCUUCAUUUCCCAUCAGUACAUAUUUCAAUUUCUGCUUAGACUUUUAUAUAACUACAGUGGUACCUUGGUACUCAAAUGGCUUGCCUCGCGAACAAAUCAGCUCCUGAACGCCGCAAACCCGGAAGUGAGUGUUCCGGUUUGCAAACGCUUUUCGGAAGCUGAACGUUCAACACGGCUUCUGCAGCUUCUGAUUGAGUGCAGGAAGUUCCUGUAGCCAAUCAGAAGCCGCAUCUUGAUUUUCAAACCAUUUCCGGAAUCGAACAGACUCCCAAAACAGAUUAAGUUCAAGAACCAAGGUGCCACUGUAUUACAUAUUCCCAGAAUAUCAAGUAGAGUUACUCUUCACUUUGUCAGCCCACAAAAAUAAUUGGUUAUAAAUCAAUAUUCCACAAAUAUUGGAAUAUGCCCUCCAGAUGUUAAUGGACUACAACUCCCAUGAUCCCUGGUUACAUUGGCUGGGGCUGAUGAGAGCUAGAGUUUGUCCCCUUCUAAGGCAGGAAAAUCUUUGAAGGGGACAUGGCGGUCAGGAAGCAUGGCUAUCAUUGAAGGAUCCUGCACUUUGGUUUUGCCACUACAGUAUGGUGGAAAAGUCAUAAGCUUGCAUUUCGCUAAGCAGAUGUCAGCAAACGUUUCAGCAGGGGGCCGGUCCACUGUCCCUCAGACCUUGUGGGGGGCUGGACUAUAUUUUGGAGGGAAAAUGAACAAAUUCCUAUGCCCCACAAAUAACCCAGAGAUGCAUUUUAAAUAAAAGCACACAUUCUACUCAUGUAAAAAUACCAUGCAGGCCCCCACUAAUAACCCAGAUAUGCAUUUUAAAUAAAAGGACACAUUCUACUCAUGGAAAAUCACACUGAUUCCCGGACUGUCCGCGGGCCGGAUUUAGAAGGCUAUUGGGCCGGAUCCAGCCCCCGGGCCUUAGUUAGCCUACCCAUGCGCUAAGGUGUGCACCUAGGCUUUGGGGAAGAUUUUUUUUUAAGCCAAACAUGUAUUGAGUACAUACUCAUACUCAAUCAUAAAGAACAUUCUUUUUCUUCAUCAAAGAAGCUAAAAUUUAAAUUAGCUUAUUGAUUAUUUUUCCCAGAAAAAGAAAUAACAACUAAACUUUAAUUUAAAAAAUACAAACUUAAAAAAUGAAACACAAAGCACCAAAUUUUUUGCCAGGACUUUACAAAGAUACAACCAAUGUACAUGAUCUAACCAGAUAAUGAGCUCACCCCAGCUGACCAAAGCAAAUCAAGGUUUCUUCAUCUUCCUGUCCUAGAGAAUGAGCAAAAAGGUGAUGAGAAGAGACAGAUGCAGGCAGGAGAAAAAGGCUGGAAUGGACCUGCAGCUUCUACUUGAGCUGCUUCCAGAGAGAGAUGUAGGCAGAAGCUGCAGGUCCAUUCCAGCCUUUUUCUUCUGCCUGUGUCUCUCUGUGUCUGCUUCCCUCCUACUCCCUCCCCCUUAGUCUUUCCCCUAUCGUGCAGGCCAGUUAUGGCAGCUCAGGGGCCCCUGAAACAUUAGAGAACUUACGGGUAAAGUGGUGUCCGGGGCUUACGUGAGUCCCUCAUUGUUUGCUGUACAGUGAUACCUCAGGUUAAGUACUUAAUUCGUUCCAGAGGUCCGUACUUAACCUGAAACUGUUCUUAACCUGAAGCACCACUUUACCUAACAGGGCCUCCUGCUGCUGCUACGCCGCCAGAGCCUGAUUUCUGUUCUUAUCCUGAAGCAAAGUUCUUAACCUGAAGCACUAUUUCUGGGUUAGUGGAGUGUGUAACCUGAAGCGUAUGUAACCUGAAGCGUAUGUAACCCGAGGUACCACUGUAUUUUCCUCUUCCUUUCACUAGAUGGUGAAGCUUCUGCUGCAGAGUCAAGCAGCUGUGAACCUGACCGACCACCACGGCUGCACUGCCCUCCACAAAGCUGCGACUGAGGGUCACCUGCCAGUUGUCUCCUCCCUGGUCAGGGAAGGUGCUGCGAGCAUCGAUGGGAGGGACCACCUCAACCUGACUCCACUUCACCGGGCUGCCAGCCGCGGCCACGUCGCUGUCGUCAGCUUCCUCCUGGACGAGGGGGCAGACGUCAACGCCGCUGGCUGGAUAGGCAAAACCCCCUUGCACCUGGCUGCAGAGAAAGGGCACUUCCCUUUGAUGGAACUCUUGUUGGCAAAGGGGGCAAGCCUUUUCCGGAGGACUCAGUGGAAGGAGACAGCGCAGGAGCUGGUCUCAGAGAGGACAAGUCCUGGAGGCAUCCCUAGCCUGGAGGACCUUGGGCCACCUCAGUCUCCCCUCUCCUGUAACUCUAUAGCCUCCUGACUCAGCCCUCUGCCUGGUCUGAUCACAUAUUAAAUGCUUGCCUUUUUAGUA